ACUUCAGGUCCUUUGCCAGCCUAUAAUCCCUAUAUCUCUGGCAUUGAACUGUGUCAGAUGCCGUUAUGGCCAUUGACAUAACGACUUUGAAGCGGCACAAGAACAACGUCAUCGGAAACCCGACUGCGAAACUCGCUCUUGCCAGCAACUUCUCAUUUCUCCAUGCCCUUGUGGGGUGCUUGAAUGAUGAGAGCUCCGAGAUAGCGGUGCAAAUCGAGGCCGCGCAAAUCAUCUCUUCGCUUUCCUACGGGUCAUCCACAGCACUAGAAACUCUGCUUCGAGUGAAUGCACACGGUGAAAUACUUCAAGCUCUCUAUCAUUCAAAUAACGAAACACCAUUAGCACUUCGGUCUGCUCUCGCACGCGCACUGCGAGCUGUCGCGGUUGCAACAGCAGACGCAGUAGGCCCAGCAUUAUGGGGCUUAGGGAACGAUGCAUCUCUCUCCGGAACGCAUGAUGACGCAAAACUCGUGUACGAUUACUUCUUUCAGCUGGAGGUUUUGGACGUCUACCUUCCCCUCCUUGAACCAUCUUUACCCCGAGCACCAGAAUCGUCAGGGGUUCCUCUUUCCAACUCCGGCUCUAGCUCCAGAUCGCGGAUAGCAACAACUGCAUCGUAUACGAAUGCAUCUCCUGGGUUGUCAAUAGCCCAGCUUUUGGCUUUCGCGCUGAGAACACAACCUCAUCGAGAAGCUAUAGUAGCGUGGCAACCAGAACACGAGAGGGAGAAGCAGCAUGCGAAAGAGAUGGGUUCUAAGGGAAGGCGAGGGUGGGAGAAGAUUACGAAGGAAGGACCUGGUGAUGGUUCGAAGGAGGGCGGAGGUUGGGUGGCGAGGAAAUUGGUUGAAGGAUUGAAGGCCAAGGAAACCAAGGUGCAAGAAGCUAUGUUGGGCGCUCUUGCAGCCCUUGCAAAGGACAACCCCGAAGUCGCCACAUUAUUGGCACAACCAGCUUUUGAUUCCGCUGGAAAUGAACGUCCAUCGGCACUCUCGCUGGCUCUGACGCUGUGCAAAUCCCGCUCGCCUGAUGUUCAGCUAGCGGCCGCCUUAUGCGCAACACAUAUAAUCCGUGCCGGCUCCUCGCUCAACCCCUCCUCUUCCUCCGCCUUCCAUCCACAUCCCACACUCCCUCACUCACACUCAUACGCUCCAGUCCCACAUCCCCAUUCUUCCUCUCUAGCACAUACUCUUUUUCACCACUCUUCGCCUCCACCAGCACCAGCACCAAUGCCUCACUCCCCUUCUACCUCUGCUCACGCACCAUCCCAUCCUUUACCUCAUCCAUACCACCCGGUUUCUGCCCAUCUAGCUUAUCAUCCACCUCCCACAUCUCCAGGAGCCUCGCACAGUUAUCCGCAUCCGCAUCCACAUUCACCGGCCUCAUCCCCACAUUCUCUCCAUCAUGGACCUGGACACGCGCCCGGAGGCGUAGGAAACAUGCCAUUAGGACUGGACAAAUCCGCCGCCAUGACGGUAUUGCAUGUCCUGAACCGCAUCAUAGGAGGAUCGAGCGUCGGUGCAGGUGCGAACGCCGGAGGGGUGUAUGUGGGGCGAGGAGCGGUGGUCGAUUCGAAUUGGAAUUGGACGAGAGCGAGGGCGUGUUUCGUUUUGCACCAUCUGAUUACGGACGAGAAAGAGUUGUCGCAAACUGCGUUCGACCGGGGCUCGUUGGGCAGGUUAGCAGCGUUGGUGAAGGCUAUUACACCCAUUCCGUCGUCAACCUCUUCCACGAACGGCAAUGGUCACGGUGUAGAUAAUGGCGAAGUUAACACGAGUGGCUUGGGCAUGGGUAUAUCCUCGAUUGGUUCGGGAUUGGGAAUGGGCACGAGUGUCGGAUCUGGUUUGGGUACGUUUGGGAGUAUUGGGAGUAUGCAUACGAGUGCAACGGAUGGUGCGUUAGCUGGCAAUGGUGCUGGCAAUGGCGUGACGGGUAUGGGUGAGGGAGAAGGCUGGGAGGAAGAGGAGGCGGAGAGUAUUGGACGGUUGAGAGAGGCAGCGCUCACGGCGAUUUCAACUCUCGCGUUGAGUUCACCGGAAAUUAGGACGGCCGUGACGGAUGUGCAUCAACUUUUGCCGAUCAUAUCGGUCUCGAUUGGGCAUAGGCUUGUGGGCGUUCGAUUUGCAGCAUGUCAAUGUGUGCGUUCUCUAAGCCGCUCCGUCGCCGUCGCACGGACGAGCCUUGUUGAUACAGGCCUCGGAAUGAAACUAUUCAGAGAAGCCUUCAUGAAAGGGUUCGAUCCAUCUAAACACAUCGCCUCUAACACCACCUCUACGUCAGCCGAUAUUUCAUCGCCUUACGCUAUCUCCUCUUUGUCCUCCUCUGUAACUUCUUCAUUCUCUUCUGAGGAUGAGGGAGACGAUGUGGCUAUGGGUGGGGGUGCGGCGGGCGUGGCGGAGGAGGAGGAGGAGGGCGAGGAUAGGAGGGUGUUGUAUGCUGCGUUGUUGGCGAUUUGUAAUCUGGUCAAUGAACAUUCGCCGUUGAGACAGCCCUUCGUCGAGGCAGGUCUUAUCCCACGUCUCGCAAAUCUGAUGACAUCGUCGCACGUCAAGCUUCGGUUGAACGCACUCUGGGCGGUCAAGAACUUGAUAUAUAAGUGCGACAGUGGGGUGAAGAGGGAGGUUAUGAGGGGGAUUGGGUGGGGUGGACUCGAAAGGUUGCUGAGGGAUCCUGAUCCGGGUGUACAGGAACAGGCUUUCUACGUGAUUCGGAAUUACGCGUCCAGUGAGGAAGACAUCGACAUUAUUUUCCACGAGGUGGGCAGUGAGAAGCUCGUUGAUACCAUCGUAGAUGCAUUGGAGAGUAAGACACCUGAUGUCGUCGUUCAGGCCGCCUGGGCGCUCUGCAACCUGACAAACGGCACACAAGACCACCAAUCCCACAUCCUCUCCAACCCCGAGAUCCUCCCCACUCUCCGAACCCUCCUCGCCGACUCGCCAACCAUCGAAGUCCGCCGCGCAGCCGUCACUUCAGUGCUCGAGAUCGCGAAAACGAGCCCUUGGAAGCACGCAGAGUUGAGGGAGAAAGGGUUUCCGAGCACGCUGAGACAUUUGUGUGAGGGGAGUGGGAGUCUGGUUCCUGCUGGGCAUGGCGUGGGCGGUGGUGGAGGGUAUGUUGGAGGGCUAGGACCGGGAGGCGGGAUGAUUGGGGGUGGGAUGAUGAGUGUGGAGAGGGAGGUUAGGGAUAAGGCGAGGAUGGCGUUGGAUUGGAUCGAGCAUGGGCCUGAGGGAGCUGGACUUGUUAUCUAGGCGAUGAUAUAUUGCUUUCGUGUACUUCUAGCUGUACUGUCUCGCCUUGUCUCUGCCCGCAAG